AUGAUAUUUUUUUUUGUAGAGGUAGAAGAUUCCUAUUUGGGACCUAGAAUUGAUGGAGACAUUGUGACAUCUGAUUUUGUGAUGGACAUGGUUCAACAUUUUAAGAAUCAGAGGAUGAUUCAUAAGCGCUACAUCUAUCAGAUCGUGUCAAAGGCCAUGAAGAUUUUCCAGCCCGUUACCUCUCUAGCUUUCAUAAGCUUAGUAGAUGAUGCUCAUAUCACAGUUUGUGGUGAUAUUCAUGGGCAGUUUUAUGAUUUGAUCCAUAUUUUUGAGCUGAACGGGUUCCCUUCAAAGGAGAAUCCCUAUCUCUUCAACGGUGACUUCGUGGACCGAGGAGCCUUUUCACUUGAAGUGAUCCUCACACUAUUUGCGUUUAAGGCAACAUGUCUUGAAGCUAUUUACCUUGCUAGAGGUAAUCACGAGAGCGAUGGAUUGAAUGAGAGUUUCGGUUUUCAUCGUGGAGUGUCCUAUAAAGUGGGCGAGCAGUGUGUGGAACUUUUCUCUCAAGCGUUUUGCUUUUUGCCUUUGGCUCAUCUCAUCAACGACCAAAUUUUUGUCGUUCAUGGGGGCCUCUUCACCCAUGAUGGCGUGAAGCUCUCUGAGAUUAGAGACAUUAACCGGUUUUGUCAGCCGCCGGACGAAGGACUAAUGUCUGAUCUUCUCUGGUCCGAUCCCCAAACCUCUCUUGGAAGAGCCCCUAGCAAAAGAGGGUGUGGAGUUAUGUUUGGGGAAGAUGUAACUACCAAGUUCCUCACCGAUAACAACUUAAAGUUGAUCAUACCAUCGCAUGAGGUCAAGGAUGAUGGAUUUGAGGUUAUGCACCAUGGCCAACUUAUCACGGUUUUCUCGGCUCCAAACUACUGUGACCGGUGUGACAGUGAUGGUGCUUUCAUCUGAUUAACAGCUCCAGCACUAGUCCCACAUAUAACUCGUUUCAAAGCAGUCUAUCAUCCUAGUGCAGAUCCAUGGUGAUAGACUAAUCUUGACACUUGUGCAUAUCAUCCACGUGUGGAUGCAUGGCAUAAACAGUGAAAUCAUUUCUUUUUUCUUGUGUGUUUUGGUAGGAAAUUUU